UCUUCUCUUCUUGUUUGGCUCUAUAAUGGCGGGAGGCUUUCCAGUUCUGGCUUUUCUUGACUUGAUUUUACCCGUAGCUGGAUAGUCACAAACCGCACCACUGCACGCUUUCAAAGGUGAAUGUCAUUGUGUACAUCAUUGCCACAAAACGCCCCAGGACAGUGAUCGUCGUCCGAUGCUUGCAACGAAUCGAGGCGCAAUUCUAAACGUUUUACUCUGGAUGUACAACGAAAUCAUUCUGUGCUGCUAAACGCUACGUGUCGUCGUUAAUUAAGCAAACGGAACUGCAGCGAACAUGUGACGGGUGAACUGCAUUACAGUAAAGCUCGUUGUGUAAAGUAACUAGAACAAGGAAAAGACGUUUUACGUAGGCACAGAAAAUUAGCAAAAGCGCAACGUUUCUCAAAUACGUACGAUUUUCUUCUGUUUUGCCAAACAAAUAUUUGUGUAUUGUGCCUGCGGGAUAGGUUAAUUGUUUUCUAGUGGCAUUAGUGCAGACAGCAUGAGACGACGCGAACCACCGAAAAUCUACCAUCGUUUCGCUUUAUUUGAAGCCAUUUGUUGUUGUGUCGGCGUACGGUUUGUUAGCUUUUCACGCAUCAACUUACUUUGGCAUCGAUAAGCUUGAGUUUACAAUAUUAAAUUUGUAGCCAAUGGUAGGAGCAUUAGUAGCAGUGGGUGAAGCGUGAAUUUCACCGGGUGGUUCCGCCGCGAGCAGAUGGAAGUAGGGACGAACGAGUGCUUCCGUUGUCAUACCUUUUUUCGGUAGAAUUAUGUUACUUUUUAGUAAUUUAUUGUUGUAACGAAUUAAAUGAGGGCACGUCCGGCGCGACAACGCUAGAGCUCCCACAUUUCAACGCAAGUCACAGUUCAGUUGCUUUAACUAAGUUUGCAUGAACAAUAAUUCACUGUACAUGUGUCACACGAACGCGCGCGUAGACUAUUUUAUAUGAUCGUCGUCGAAUUUUAAUGUCGAGAUGUAAUGGAUGAAGAUUAAAUGUAAAUGUAAAUACCACUACAACUAAACCACGGCGGCCAACAUUGUAGCGCGAAUGAGAAUGAGUAUGAUGAGUGAGUCGCCGCGCACAAUGUGGAAAAACUAAUAAAACUCACCGUAAUUUCAUUGCGUGUA